ACCAAGGAAGCAGCAGCAGCAGCAGCAGCAGUAUGCCGUCAGUCAGCAGCGUGCUGUGGAGGUCAUGCUUGGGACUUGAACAUGUCGGUGCUGGAGCCCACUCUCCUGCUCUGUGUGUUCGGCUUUUUCUCCAGCCUGCGACCGUCGGAGCCCUUCCUCACCGCCUUCCUGCUGGGCCCGGACCACAACCUGACGGAGGAGCAGCCACUUAGACGCCGUAAACAGACAGUUCUGGCGCGACCCCCAUCACCCCAGCAACAAACUGUUCUGUCUGUUGGCGUCUGGCAAGCGUUACCGCAGCAACAGGACAAAGACCAGCAGACCCAGAAACAGGUGGUUAAUGAAAUCUAUCCAGUAUGGACGUAUUCAUACCUGGCGUUGCUGUUGCCUGUCUUCCUGGCCACGGACUACCUGUGUUAUAAGCCUGUGUUGGUGCUGCAGGCCACCAGCCUAGUGGUGACCUAUGUGAUUCUUCUGAAGGCGCGGGGCCUGCCGGCCAUGCAGCUGCUGGAGUUCUUCUUCGGGCUGGCCACAGCCUCGGAGGUGGCGUACUACUCCUACAUCUACAGCGUGGUGGAGCCGGCCCACUACCAGAAGGUGACUGGGUACUGCCGCAGCGUCACUCUGUUCGGCUCGGCGGCCGGCUCUCUGACCGGACAGCUGCUGCUCUCUUUGGCGAAAGUUCGGCUUGUGCACCUCGUCAUCAUCACUCUGGCAUCAUCCGCCGUGGCCUUCGUCGCUCCCUGGUUCCUGCCCAUGCCCAAGAGGAGCUUGUUUUUCCACAUGGGAGCGGGGGAGGGGGGGCCACGCAGCAGCAGCAAGGCCCUGUUGGAGAAGGACUCGGAGAGGGAGCUGCCCCUGAAUGGUGUCACCACAAUAUCCAGUUCCUCUGAGACAGGAAGUCAGGGCAGUGGGUUUGUGAAGGUGUUACGGAUUCUCUUUGACGACUUCCUGCAGUGCUACAGAAGUGGGCCCCUGUUGGCCUGGUCUCUGUGGUGGGCUCUGGCCACCUGCGGCUACUUCCAGGUGGUCAACUACGCCCAGGCCCUGUGGGAGAACGUCCGUCCAUCCCAGGACUACGAGAUCUACAACGGCUACGUGGAGACGCUGUCCACACUGCUCGGGGCCCUGGCUGCUCUGCUGGUGGGCUGCCUGCCUCUGAGCUGGACUCAGUGGGGGGAGCUGGCUCUGUGUGUGCUCUCCCUGCUCAUGGCUGUGUGUGUGUUUGUCAUGGACACCGUGAGGAACAUCUGGAUGUGUUACGCCUCAUACAUCUUCUUCAGAGCCACCUACAUGCUGCUCAUCACCAUGGCUACAUACCAGAUCGCAGCCAGCCUCAGCAUGCAGCGCUACGCCCUGGUGUUCGGAGUGAACACCUUCAUGGCGCUGCUGCUGCAGUCGCUCCUCACCGUGGUGGUGGUGGACUCCGCCGGCCUCGGCCUCGAUGUUUUCACACAGUUCCUCAUCUAUGGCUGCUACUUUGCUGUCAUUUCUCUGGUGUUCCUCCUCGCUGGUGUGUGCAAACUGGCCUCCAGGAGGCGCUGCAGGCAGGGGGGGGCUGACAGCCCAGAGACAGACUCUCCUUCAACACAGGACGCCAGCUCCACUAGAUAGGCCUUUAUCAUAGGUAUCAAUUCUCUUGAUAUGCUUGAGCACCAUGGGUUCACGGAAGAGGGUUAGCGGGGAAAUAAUCCAAUUGCGAUUUUUCUGACAGAUAUUACGAUUCAAUUUGCGAUAUUUGUUUUUAAGCAACCCGAAAGAAACUAAGAAAGAAAGAACUAAACUUACAUGAAACUUCCGUUGGGUUGCUUUAAAGUCAAGCUUCAGUUUAAGAUUCACCCUGUCAU